AUGGGGGGCAAGGCCGAGAAGAUGGACCCGGUAUGGGACGAUCUCGAUAGGACUAUGGUGGGUCGCUUCCGCACAAAAAGUGUCGCGGCAGGAUUCGCUAACGAGGCCGCCGAAGACACGACCAAGCUCAUUUAUGAGUUGCAGAAGAUUGCUCAUGACGCCGGCCAUCCGGUUCCGCUGGCGAUUGGCAUCGACCAGGAGAACGGCGGGGUGAAUAGUCUUUUCGAUGACAUCUAUAUUCGACAGUACCCUAGCAAUAUGGGCAUGGCGGCAACAGGCUCGACCGACCUAGCAUUCGAAGUAGCAAAGUCGACUGCGCAAGAGAUUGCUGCCUGUGGUAUCAACUGGAUUUUCGGCCCGUGUUUGGAUGUACUCACCAAUGCAAGAAACCAGCCACUAGGCGUGAGAACGGCUGGCGAUGACCCCCAGGAAGUAUCUGCCUUUGGUGUCGCGUUCAUGCAGGGCUACAAAGAUGCCGGAGUGGUGACUUUGGGUAAACACUUCCCUUCCUAUGGCAACUUAGAGUUUCUGGGCUCAACACUUGAUGUGCCCAUCAUCACAGAGUCUCUGGAGCAAUUGAGUCUAAGCGCUCUGAUUCCCUUCAAGAGGGCCAUCGAAAAGGGUCUCGACUCGAUGAUGGUCGGCGGAUGUGCCAUGUCAUCAGCUGGAUUGAACGCCAUGCAUGCUUGUCUGUCCGAGCAGGUUGUUGACGAACUACUUCGAAAAGACCUAAACUUUGACGGUGUGGUCGUUUCCGAGUGUCUGGAGAUGGAUGCGCUAAGUCACAACAUUGGCGUAGGCGGCGGCACAGUGAUGGCUGUGAAUGCUGGUUGCGAUGUGGUGCUCCUUUGCCGUUCCUUUUCACUACAACAAGAAGGACUGAAAGGCCUCAAGACCGGCAUCGAAGGUGAAAUGGUGUCCAAAGAGCGCAUCUUCAACUCACUUAGGCGCGUGCUAGCCAUGAAGAAGAAGUACGCCAACCGGAAUCUCUACCAGCACGGCUUUACCAAGCAUGUCUCCAUGAUAUGCAAUACGCAAUACACAACGGGUGGUGAGAGACGUGAGAAGCCUCUGAUUGUUGUUGCGGUCAGCUCACCAUACGAUUUUGCCAUGGACACCAGCAUCGGGACCUACAUAUGCACAUACGACUUUACGGAAACUGCACUGAAUUCCUUGGUAAGAGUACUAUAUGGGGAAAUGUCGCCUUCGGGGACUUUGCCUGGCACCAUCAGUAAGAGCCAGAAAUUACAUCCCUCGAAACAACACUGGCUGGUCGAGAUCUUCAACGAAGAAAGAGAUGGAGCUGCUCUAGACACCCUAGUCACAGCUGUUGUAGAGAGCACAUCGCCGAACCAAAGAUCAGAGUUGUCAAGUGCGACGUCCAGUUCAUUCAUUCUACAUCACCCGGAAGUGGAAGAGUCACAUUUCGUCGUCAGGAACAGCAGCACGCAAGCACUUUAUGGCUUCUGCUCAACAUACUUCUUCAAGGCUACUGGUACUGGUGUUAUCGGAGCACUUUUCGUGGAUCCAGCGAGGAGAAAGCUCUCCAUCGGUCAUUCUCUGCAUAACCGGGCGAUUCGGACUCUCCUGCAGAAAGAAGGCGUCAAACGCUUCCAGUUGGGCUCUCGUCUUCCAAGCAUGUAUCUCGGUAUCCCGACCGGACACGGCAACGAGCGGAAACGUUUGCGGUCAUGGUUUGCUCAGCUGGGCUGGGGAGCUGCACUCUCCCGUCCGGUUUGCAACAUGGUAGCGCGUAAUCUGCAGACGUGGUCUCCACCCCCUGGAAUGGCCAAGAGCCUGGCAAGUGCAGGUGCACAGUUUGACCUCGUAUACGGAUGGGAUUACGCAGGACCGAUACUUGACCACAUCAAGACCAGCAAUCGCCAAGGUCUGGCAGAGGUGUACAAGCUGGCGCUUACCGAUCCAACGGCUUGUGGAAUCAUACGGGCGAAGCGGCCAGAGGAUGGGGCGUUGGUGGGUACAGUCGUCCUAUACAACAACCACUCACGUCUGGCCGAGUACAUACCUCCGCUGAAGGAUUUGAAUGAGGCAGCCGGAGGUAUCUCCUCGCCUGUCAUCUCGCCUGGUGUUGGCGAGUACUCGACACUACUGCAGGGGUUGAUCCUCCUCGGCAUGCGGCAGAUUAAGCAGCUAGGGUGCAAUGCCUGCUUGCUAGAUUAUAUGGAUGGCGAUGGCAACUUUGACGGCUUCUCAGCCAUGGGCUUCGACGUCAUGCACAAUUUUGAGGAAGUGAGCUGUGACGCGGCCACGUGGACCAUGAUUCCACCGGCUUGA